UUUUUAAUAUUUUUAGAGCAAAAAACUCAAGGUACAACUUCUACAGGUGCAACUUCGUCAGGUGCAUACGAAGUAAUAUCUGAAGUAAUAUCUAGUGGUCCAACUUCGUCAGGGGAAUAUGAAGUAGUAUCUGAAUUAAUAUCUGGUGGUCCAUCUUCAGAAAUAUACGAAGUAACGUCUGAAAUAAUAUCUGGAGUUCCAACAUCAUCAGAAAUAUACGAAGUAUUAUCUUCUGUAAUAUCUGGAGUGCCAACAUCAUCUGUAAUUUAUGAAGAAAUAUCUGAAGUAAUAUCUGGAGUUCCAACAUCUUCACAAAUCUAUGAAAUAUUAUCUGGAGGACCAGGAUCAUUACUACCAUCUGGAGUUUCAAUAUCAUCAGAAAUCUAUGAAGUAUUAUCUGGAAGUCCAUCAUCUUCAGAAAUCUAUGAACUAUUAUCUGGACCAGGACCAGCAGUAUCUCAAUUAUCUGAAGAUAUUUACGAAUUAUUAUCCGGAGGACCAUCAUCUGGAAGCUCUUCUGUAGAAAUAUCUCAAGGUGAGUAAUCUUAAAAU